GACUGCACUCCGAAAACAACAACUGGCCAAUACUGCAGUAUUCCCUUUGAAUACGACAGCGUAACCUACUACGGUUGCACUGAUGUUGAUCAUGAUCAACCCUGGUGCUCUUUGACUCCGCAGUAUAGUGAUGAACAAUGGGGAAAUUGUGGUGAGUUUUUAACACUUUUCAGACUGUGUCGUCUGGGAAUCUGAGGUUGGUUCCGACUUGCGGCCAUCUCAUGGUAAUUUCACCGCUUAUGAUAAGGCCAGCAAGUUGAUAUUUACACAAAAGAUGUACUCCGCAGUCUUCAAAUUAUUUGUUUUUGAUUGAAAUCAUUUAGGCAUUAUUACGCCUAUUUAUAAUCGAACGCACGGAGAAAAGGUAAACAUAAUUAUUUAAUAUUUUUGCAUAUUUAGUAGAGGAGACUGGUUAGGAAAGCCGGCAAACAUCAAAGUUGAAAACAACGGUGUUGUAGUUUAUGUGGUGUUGUAAUUUAUGUUGGAAGCUCCCUGUCCCUACAAAAUCCUUUGUUUUUCGUUCACAAUUUGUAUAGGUAA